ACUUCUUCUUUUUGCGGUUUUUUCAAUUGGUUGGACCCAGAAAUUUGUGCAAGAGCCAAAAAUAUCAUACCCGGUUUGUUGGCUAAAGUUAAUAAGUACGAACAUGAAAUUGAGCAAUACAAGAUCAAAGAAAGUGAAGCAGUGUUUCGGUUUGAGGUCGCAUUGACAAAACUGGAAGACAUGGAGAAGGAGCUCAGUGCUGCAAUUGUACUUGUUAAAAAACUCAAGAAAACUAUUAUUUUCUACCUCACUAUUCCCGGAGUGAGGGUUCACGAGGAUGGUGGCUUAGUUAGUGUUGAUAAGUCAUAUUGGCAGUACGUCGGAGAGGAAACUGACCAUGAGGUGUUUUUUCGCUGGAAUGGAUUCCGUUGGUACAACGCGUGCGUCGAGGUGUUCGACGAACGUACGGCUGCAGAGAUUGAAAUGGAGGGAGGUCCGGGAACAGCGAAUCACGAGCUCAUUAAUGUGGACGAUAUCGAGUCAGUUGACGAUACCGACGAUGACGAUAUGGAGUAA